UGUUUGAGAUGCUCUUUAUGACGCCCUGGCCAAGUCUGUGAUCCGUAUAGUGAGUAGCACUGACUUCACACUGGAGUUCUUGACACCGACUUGAGAGUAAUGAAGGGUUGUCUUGCUUUCCCAAUCCUCGCUUUGAUGAUAUCCUCAUCAAUUCGGUCGGCCUGUAGUUGAAACGAUGCUUCCCAGGUUGGGGGGGGGUAGGUGAAGGAGAUUGUUUCUUUCAGGUUCCUCUCAUUCAUGCUGGCUGAUUGUUGUCUGUUGUUGCUAUUGCUGUGGGUCUUGCCCAGGAAUCUUCGAGUAUGCAUAUAGUAAUAUAUAUAUAUACCUGUAAGAUUAACUAUGCUUUAUUGUUUUGUAUAUAUUUUAGAUAACAGUCCCCAAAUCUAUUGUAUAUGUAUCUAUAGUAGAUGGAUUUCUCAAGUAUCCUUCAAGAUUUACUAACCACAUCGACAGAAGCACAGAGGGAACUUACUACUACUACUACUGCGAGUAGUAGUAAUACUCGAAUGAAUAAAAAAUUAUGCUUACUCCUCAGUCAUGGAUUAGCUAUACAUGAAAUAUUCUUCACUGAAUGUAUUCAUCAAUUCCUACAAAAGCAUUAUCCUACACUAACUAUUCAACCGUAUGGAGACAAACAGAAUAACAGCAGCGGUAGUGUCAAUUCAUCAUCGGAAGAUGACAGAAAGAACAGCAGAAACGGCAGCAGUAGUAUGCCUUCUAACAUUAAUAUUAUUAUUAUAUGCCUACAUAAAUCAUGGGAUAUAUAUCGAAGGCUAUUAAAUCCAAUUUAUACUAGUCAUCCUAAGAUUAAAGAAUCCUUGCAUAUAAUUGAUAUGACAGUUGGAAUAAAGGAGAUAUUAUCAUCAUCAUCAUCAUCGUUAUCAUCGUCAUCGAAUCAGUCAGCGGAGUCAAAUCUACCUGACGAAAUGAUGAAGAAUUGUACAACAUCAGAUGUACAACCUAAUAUUGAUGAUAGUAUGAUUAAAAAUUAUAUUAAGAAUAAGGUGGAUAAGCUGCUAAAACCCUCUUCUUCUUCUUCUUCUUGUUCUGAAGGAGAAGUAGCUCCCAUGAAAUCAACAGUCGAUCAAAAUGUUGGCAUUUUUAUUGAUAAUUUAACUGCUUUAUAUGAUUUAGGCGUUAGUGUACGUGAAUUAGAGAAUAUGUUAUCCAGCUGGUGGUGGGGGUGGUGUUGUUCGCAGUCAAUUGUCGACAAUCCUAGUCUUAUAAAAACAUCUUCAUCACCAUCAUUAUCAUUCAUGCACAUUGGUAUUCACCUUGGUGAUAAUUUUGAGGAUUCAAUUAUCUCUGAAUAUGAACCAGCAUUUGUACAUUUUAUUGAUAUGUGGAGAAGACGUGCUUCAAAUGUAAUUGAAGUGAAACCUUUGACAACUGGUUAUACAUCGUUAAUUGACGGACAGUUAAUAUGUUGGAAACAGUCGUCAAAUAUGGAUAACAUCUGCGCGUCAACUGUGAAUACAUCAAAUACUUAUCAUUUUCGUGUUGAAGGCAAACGUAUCAACUGUUAUACUCCAGGAAUGUCAAAGUUAAUAACAUAA